GACAUUCCCUGGUCCCUGGCAGGACCAAGCAGUGUGCGCGCUGCGGGUAACCGGGGAAACGAGGCAGCGAGCGCCGGAGGCUUGGGAUGUCGGGGGGUGGGGGGAACCGGAGCUGACAGCGGUUGUGUUCCCGGGACAGAGACACAGGUGCCAGAGACGUCCUUGGGGUAGAGAUUUUUCAGCAUGGCAUUUUAAGGAAAACUUUAUCAUUGCCAUCAGCUUCAUUAAGAAGUACUUUUUCAAGAUGAUUGGAAAACUAAAGCAAAACCUGCUCCUGGCCUGUCUUGUUAUAAGUUCAGUGACUGUAUUCUAUUUAGGGCAGCAUGCAAUGGAGUGUCAUCAUCGCAUAGAGGAACGCAGUCAGCCUGUUAAAACUGAGAUUGCAAAGACAACAUUAAGAACUGAUAUCAAAGGAAAUUCUAGCAUUACAUAUGAUAAGGACAUGCCAUUGAUAUUUAUUGGAGGAGUGCCUAGGAGUGGAACAACACUAAUGCGUGCCAUGCUGGAUGCCCACCCAGAGGUGCGUUGUGGAGAAGAAACAAGGGUUAUCCCUCGCAUUUUGGCAGUCAAACAAAUGUGGGCACGAUCAAGCAAGGAAAAAAUAAGGUUAGAUGAAGCAGGUGUUACGGACGAAGUGCUAGAUUCAGCCAUGCAGGCAUUUUUAUUGGAAAUCAUAGUGAAACAUGGAGAACCAGCCCCUUAUCUUUGUAAUAAAGAUCCAUUUGCUUUAAAGUCAUUAACUUAUUUAGCCAAAAUAUUCCCCAAUGCCAAAUUUCUUCUGAUGGUAAGGGAUGGACGUGCCUCUGUACAUUCCAUGAUUUCAAGGAAAGUCACCAUAGCUGGAUUUGAUCUGAAUAGUUACCGAGAUUGCUUGACAAAGUGGAAUCGUGCUAUUGAAACCAUGUAUAAUCAAUGCAUGGAAGUGGGUUAUGACAAGUGCAUGUUAGUACAUUAUGAACAACUGGUUUUGCAUCCAGAACGCUGGAUGAGAACUCUUCUAAAGUUUCUUCAUAUACCAUGGAGUGAUGCUGUGUUGCAUCAUGAAGACAUGAUUGGCAAAGUAGGCGGUGUAUCAUUAUCUAAAGUUGAAAGAUCCACUGACCAAGUUAUCAAGCCUGUAAAUGUUGAAGCUUUGUCAAAAUGGGUUGGAAAAAUACCGGCAGAUGUAUUAAGAGAUAUGCCUGUCAUUGCACCAAUGUUAGCUAAACUGGGUUAUGACCCAUAUGCAAACCCACCCAACUAUGGAAAGCCAGAUCAGAAGGUUCUUGACAAUACAAGAAGGGUUUAUAAAGGUGAAUUUCAGCUACCAGAUUUCCUGAAAGAGGUACCUCAGACUGCAGCUGUGGAGUAGCAUUGCCGACUCUUCCACUAAGUACAGACCAUUUGGCCCUUGUGACAGACACAUGGUGCAAUUUCUUUGCUGCAAGUGGUGAAUGGUGCACAGUCGGACAUCUCUAUCCUGCAUCAUGCUAUGUCUCCCCAAUUAAUAUGGAGUCACCUGUAUGAGUAAAGGCACUUCUCAGUGGCUGGAACCACCCAUCCCCUUGCAGUGGUGUAGUACUGUAUUUACCAGCUGUGUUUUGUCUCUUUGUACAUUUUAAUAAUAACUAUCUGUAAAAAUGUUGUGCAGUCUUUGUUUAUCUCUUCUCUCCCAGAGGCCUAUCAGGUAUAGGUUUGCAGUACUUAAGAAAUCUCUGUUUCAGAACUGCAAAUAAUUGGAUUCAAAUACACUUUUAAGAUGUGUGGAGAUAUAUAUAUAUAUAUAUAUAUCUAGCUCUUGUGAGGCUGUGAACAGAUGUAUAUAUCAGACACACACACAGUAAAUAACAGUUUUCACCAGCAGUGACUAUGUAGCUAAAUACUGACCUGCAGUACUUAUUAAUCUACUCAGCAUUAUUCACCUAAAACCAGUAUACUAUUCACUCAGUCACCAACCAUAGCAGUGUAAGGCUGAGCUAUGAAACAAUCAACUUCUAUUAGAAAAUAAAAAUUGUGUGCUGAGUUACUUAUGGCAGUUAUACAGAAGCACAGUAUGAGACUGUGUUAAAAAUGUAUGUAACCAGAAUUCUAGUAGAAUACAUUUUCCAGUAUAAUGCAUUUAUGGGUUUUCCUGAGGAACUGAUUGCAUAUAAAUAAGGAUAAAAUUCUAUUUUUAUUUAUUAAUAUUACACAGAUAACAGCAGAGACUAUAACAAUUCUCAAAUAACUGAAACAUAAUUAUUUUUUAGAAGCAUCAAACUGGGGAUUAUUUUGAUUAAGAAUAAUUGCCCAUCAGUGGCUUCCAGUUAUUUUGCAUAUAGUGAGAAUUUAUAGAGGCUCUGCUUAUACAUCAGGCGCUGCUGUGCAGUGCUGUACAGUGCCACGCAUCUUCAAUUUAACAAUCCUUGAAAUUGUGCUUGGAAGAAUUAUUAGGGGUUUUAUAAGAACAAGGAGGUAACAUAACUGAAAUAGUCCUAAGAGGUAGUAGAAGAUCACUAAAGAAUUGAUUGUGGAAAAAAAAGAUUUCUUUUUAAUUAUUUAAUAACAUUUUCCAAAGAAACUGCGGGGGUCAUAAUUUUAAGAAAAUCAUGUACAUUUACAAUUUUAAUGACUUUUUGUAUUUUAUUUUUCAAAAUAAAAACUUUAAAUGUUA